AUGCUGCAGAUAAUGGACAGAAUCACGGAUAAGCACAGAUGGUUUGAGAAGAUCUUCAACAAGCACAUCGUCGCAAGGUGGCGACGUGAAAUUACGGAGCAAGACAGUCCUGGAAUAGUUCCUCUCACUACCGAGAUGAUUGACUGGAUCUUCAAGGAGCUUCGGUACAAGGCCGAGUUCUUCUUCUGCGAGAACAUGGUCAAGGCUUUCGAUGAGGGUGUCAUGAAAUCCGACUCUAUCGUUCCCGAAGAUCUUCGCCUUGCCCUUCUCGCGGCGGUGCGUCCACUUGACGACCUUCCAGAGAACGAGAAAGAUUACCGUCCCUCGUCGGAUCGGAAGAUCGUUGAUCUGGUACAUCCGUCCCUGUAUCCGCUGGUCUAUGGCCGCACGCGGAUUUUAAGCAAUGAUAUCACCAACCUUCCCAACUUCCUGGAACAUAGUGGAAGAGGUGAGAUACUACCUGUUCCGGAUGAGAGCGGAACGCAUGCGCGCCGACCAGAUCACUCUCCUUACCGAACAGAGGAUUACAGCCGUCGUUUUCAAUGGCUUCCCUGCAAUGUUAAGAUUCAUCCUGACGGCCACUGUCGCAUUACCUCCUACAUCAACAAUCUCCGCCCCGACAGGGAUUGCCCGCUUUACGAUGCCAUUGAGAAAAUCAUAACAUGUACGGUACCUUUGUGGAAUGAGACCCUGACACCCUUGAUCGAUGACGCGUACCGAAACUUUAACCGGAUCGAUUAUAGCGGGCCUGACAUGUCUCCGCCUGAACCAGAGAAAUGGCCUAUGCUCGACGACUGGACUAAUCUCUUGCGCCAGUGGAGAGUUUCACACCGACUCCCUCCUCCCAAGAUCGGAGAGUUCGAACCAUUUCCCCCUGUGGAGAUCGAGGUAGACAUGAAAACUAUGUUUCAGAAACAUGGGUUGCAGGUUAUCGUCAAGUUGACCAAUAUUGAAUUAACCCCGGAAAAGCCAUCAUACGCGGGUGGAAUCUGCUUCCGCCAACGACUCAACUUGGACGAUGUUGUGGAGUUUUCAGAAUACGAAGGUUGCCCCUGUGAAUGGGUUCCAGGUGCUUUCGGUACCGGAAGCUUAGGUGAACCUUUCACUCAAGUCCUCGGUAGCGUGGAGUGUCGACAGGGCCGUCUUCUCACAUUUCCGAAUAUUCUCCAGCAUCGAGUGAUGCCUUUCGCACUAGCCGAUCCGACAAGGUUGGGCCAUCGCAAGAUUCUAACCUUGUUUCUAGUGGAUCCCAAUCUUCAGAUAAUUUCGACCGCCAACGUGCCUCCGCAGCAAGCGGACUGGUUCAAAGAGACUGCCCGUGCGCGAGAUGAAGUCUUGGCCAGGCUGCCCACAGAAUUGCAGGAUAUGAUCAAGGAAUAUCUUGGUGGCGAUGAUCUGAUCAGUGAAAAUGAGGCUGCAGAUCUUCGAGUAGAGCUAAUAGAAGAACAGUCGGCAGUGUCCAAGGACCAAGGAUGGCUUUUCGACAACCACAAUGUGCGUCCAGCCUGUAGUCACUGA